AUGCGCGAGUUGUUCGUCGCAUUCUUGGCCCUUGUGGCCAUCGCUGAAGGAGCCCGAUUCUCGGUGUCUCGAGGUGGCAAAAAUGUGACGGCCACAAAGAUGGAAAACCUAUGCGCGAGGAUGCACAACAACACCGCUUUAGAGGGAGUUGAUCCGAUUGAGAUGUUGAAAGAUACAGCUUAUGAAUGUCAGCGAAAAUGUGUGGAUAUGUGGCCUGGAUGCUCGGCUGUUGUCUACUACUAUUUGCACAAUGAAACCAAGCACCACUACUGUUAUCUUUUCGAGUUGAACUCGGUUCAUGAAAAGGUGACCUUGGUCGAGCAAAAGCCGGAAAGCAAAAAGGAUUUGGUGAGAAUGUUGGAAUUGGUGGCUGAUUGUCAUCAAUUUGAUGCUCAUCCACCAUUGGAUGAAGAUGGAAUUGCAUCGAGUACCGAUAAAGUUGACAGAAAGAAGAGACAGAACAACGAUGAAAACGACGUGAAGAAAGCCGGUGAUUGGACCGAUUGGACCGAGUGUUCAACUGGUCUCAACCACGCCGUUCGAUCACAAGCCUGUGAAUAUGGGCGAAAAAUCCAGAGAAGAGGAUGCCCGGCUCGAAUGAUUCCCCAAAGAAACGAUCCGCGAUUUCAGCAACCAUUCGCUCCUCAACAACCGGCUAUUGAUCCCCGUCAAGAUCCACGAUACUUACAGCACCAGCAAGCACAAACCGCUCAAGUGCAACAACAGAGACCCGAUCCAAGACAAGAUCCAAGACAAGAUCCACGAUAUCAACAACAGGAGCAACAACGCCAACUCCAACUCCAGCAGCAACAGAGACAACCCCAGGCCCCACCACAGGCUCAACCACAGGCUCAACAACCCCAAGCCCCACCACAGGCCCAACCCCAACCGCCACAAGACCCUCGACAGGAUCCACGAUAUCUUCAACAGCUAGCUGAGCAUCAGCGCCGCUUGCAACAACAUCAACAGCAAGCACAACAGAGAGCUGGAGCCCCGCUUACUGUUCAACAAAACGCACCUCAACAAUUCGCCCAACAGUACCAGCAGCGUGUGAGUGACAUGCGUCAUCCAGCUCAACCUCAAGCUCAACCAUGCUCGGGUGGAGUGUGCAGGACAAGGCCCGCCCCACCACCGCCACCCCCACCAGCACCAGUGACUCAAGCUCCAUUCCAAUACCCACAACCAACUCGAUAUCGUCCAGCUCCUCCACCACCACCAGCUUGCCGUGGAGAUGGAUGUGCUCAACCACAAACUCAAGGCCAAUGGCACGACUGGUCCGAGUGGAGUCAGUGCUCGUGUACCUGUGGUGAUGGAAUGAAACAAAGGAGAAGAGAGUGCAAUGGGAACAAUUGCCAGGGACAAGAUUUCGAGCAGCAACCAUGCAACAUGGGCCCAUGCCAAACAUGGUCCGAGUGGUGUGAGUGGAGUGAGUGCAAGGGAACUUGUGGUCGUGGUGAACGAACCCGAACUCGUUUCUGCUUCCUCGGCACAAAGAGAUGCGAAGGCAGCGAUUUUGAGAUCGAGGUCUGCAACGCGGGCCCUUGCCCUGAAUGGUCCGAAUGGGAGGAUUGGUCAACUUGCUCAACAACUUGUGGACAUGGAGCUCAGAACAGACAAAGAACUUGCCUUGGUGGUGUUCAUGGAGAUCAUAUGUGUCCAGGACCAAGAACCGAAGAACGUUCUUGUGAUCAUGGUCCAUGCUCUAUUUGGGCAAACUGGGAAGAAUGGGGUUCAUGCAGUGCUUCGUGUGGAGAUGGAAUGAAGAGAAGACAAAGAGUUUGUCAGUAUGGAACAGAUUGUCAAGGACCAGCUGAGGAAACCCUGUUCUGCUAUGGCCCACCAUGCUCUGCUUGGACCGAAUGGUGUGAAUGGUCGGCUUGCAGCACUCGAUGCGGAGCUGGUCAACGAUCCCGAACCCGUGCCUGUCUCACUUCGACCGGACAAGAGACAAAUGAAUGUGCUGGACCGAGUCAUGAAACAGUUUUGUGCAACGAGGGUGAAUGCUGUAGUUGGGCCGAGUGGUGCCCGUGGUCGCAAUGUGAUCGAGACUGUGGCACGGGACAGGCAUUCAGGAGCAGAGUUUGCCAGAGGAAUGGAGUGACUGAUCCAUCUUGCGAAUGUGUGGGACCUGAUCGCGAGACUCGCGAAUGCAACAAUCACGCUUGUCAGCCUCAAUGUGCCUGGACAGAGUGGUGUGCUUGGAGUGAUUGCUCGACUCAAUCAGCUUGCGAGCUCGGAAAUCAGCAACGAUCCCGUCAAUGUGUCGGUGAACCCGGAUGUCACUGUCUUGGAUUAGCCGAAGAGAAGCAGCAAUGCCGUGGACAAAUCCCUUGCUCUCCAAAGCCACCGUGC